GCUGGCUGGUAAACACUGCCAUUAACCCCUGCGUGCCGCACGUGCAGGUGGCACUGUGGAAGCCACACAGGUGAACUACAAAUCACAGAAUCCUUUGCGGGAGACAACUGGACGCAGCCAAUCAACUUACAAGAUUGUGGACCACGCCCCCUCAACCUCUCCCUAGGAAUGGCUGCAGUAGGUUGAAAUUUUCACUGUCAUUAUUCUCAUUAUAUUAUUAUUAUCAUUGUUCUUAUUAUAUUAUUAUUAUUAUUGUCAUUAUUCUCAUUAUAUUAUUAUUGUCAUAUUAUAAUUCUCAUUAUAUUAUUAUUGUCAUUAUUCUUAUUAUAUUAUUAUUGUCAUAUUAUAAUUCUCAUUAUAUUAUUAUUGUCAUAUUAUAAUUCUCAUUAUAUUAUUAUUGUCAUUAUUCUUAUUAUAUUAUUAUUGUCAUAUUAUAAUUCUCAUUAUAUUAUUAUUGUCAUUAUUCUUAUUAUAUUAUUAUUAUUAUUGUCAUAUUAUAAUUCUCAUUAUAUUAUUAUUAUCAUUGUUCUUAUUAUAUUAUUAUUGUCAUAUUAUAAUUCUCAUUAUAUUAUUAUUGUCAUUAUUCUUAUUAUAUUAUUAUUGUCAUAUAAUUCUUAUUAUAUUAUUAUUAUUCUCAUUACAUUAUUAUUGUCAUUAUUCUUAUUAUAUUAUUAUUGCCAUAUUAUAAUUCUCAUUAUAUUAUUAUUAUCAUUGUUCUUAUUAUAUUAUUAUUGUCAUAUUAUAAUUCUCAUUAUAUUAUUAUUGUCAUUAUUCUUAUUAUAUUAUUAUUGUCAUAUAAUUCUUAUUAUAUUAUUAUUAUUCUCAUUACAUUAUUAUUGUCAUUCUUCUUCUUAUAUUAUUAUUAUUCUCAUUACAUUAUUAAUGUCAUAAUUCGCCUUAUUUUAUUAAUGUCAUUAUACUGUUAUUAUUUUCAUAUUAUUGUUCUAAUUAUAUUAUUAUUGUCAGUAUUAUUAUUAUUAUUAUUGCCCCAUGUGGUCCCCGGGUACACAGCUUUGCAUCCCCAGGCUGUACACAGGGUUGUCCUAUUGAGUUGUGACUAUAAUGGGGUUAUGAGGAAUAAAGCUGCUAACACAGAGCAAAGUGUGACACAAUGACAGAGCCAUGAAUUAGCUCACAUUGACUAUACCAGAAUAAUCCUGAGGACAGUUUGGAGAAUACUUCUUCAAGGCAUCAUUUUAUUCCCCAGUUAUUCUAAAACUAAUAUUAAUAUUGAAUAAGAAUUCUUAAUAGGAAGGCAAAAAGCGCUACAUGGAGAUACCGUGACAUACAGUACGAUGACCAUUCCUCUCAUUCUGAUAUUGUGGUUCUGAACACCAUGAAGAGCUAUUUGUACAGUCAGAGCAUCCAUUUUUAAUUUUGAUGUUUGAAAAUAUUGUUUAAGGGUUUAAAUUAUUUUGUAUCCACUUUUACAUUUUAAUCAACAGUGUGUAACAGUGUUGGCUAACCGCAAAUGAAUGCGCAUCAAGGGAUAUGUAUUCUGCAAACGUCAAGGGUAUAGCACUGAAGAAUCGAUUGUCGCUUUAUACAUGAACUGUUUUGUGAUCAUCUUAAAUAUCACAUAUUUUUUCUGUGUUUCUUUUUCGAACAUGGUAAUAGUUUGAAUUAUUUCCCAAGGGUCAGAGAUGUAUGAGUGGAGAGAGAAAUCCGAUGCUUUAGUUAAAAUUAGAUAUCUUAAAAUGUAUCUUCCAGGGCACAGUUCUGUGAAACUGAAGACUGAGGUUAAGAUGGAGACAGAGGACGAGACAUAUGUAAGGUGUGACCAGCACUUUGACAAGAGUCCUGCAAACCUAAAUGACAGUAAGUUACAUAGGCAGAAGGAAGACUUGCGUACAAAAAGUUCAUUUUUUUUUCAUUGUGAAUAAAACCCUCUUAUGUAGUUAAGAAAAGGUUUGGUCACCUUACACAUACGCAAUAGAAUUAUGUUGAACAACAGAGUGUUGAGCUCAUAGCCAGACGUAGAAAUUCUGAGCUUCAGUAAAAUUUUCCGUAGGACUUUGCAUCAGAUAGGUCAGCAACAGUGUAUCCAAAUAUUAAAAUAAGUAACUGAUUAAAAUGUAGGCUGUUUACUUGGAAACCAUAAUAAUCUGAAUCUAGCUUUCCUGGUUAGACAUGUUGUUAUUAUUAUUAAUUCACAAAUGCCUCUGUGAACCACUCAAAAACCAAUAUGGAUGCUCCCUGGAUCCAUCUUUUUGUAACAUAUAACAUAAUAACAUAACAUAUAACAAGUAUGUCAAACUCGCGGCCCGCGGGCCGAAUGCGACCCACAAGGACCAUCUUUGCUGCCCGGCGAGCCGCGAGUACAUGCCUAAUGUUCCAAGCAGAGUAGGCACCUGCUUUCCCCACAUUGCAGGUGCCUACUCUGCUAACAUUGACCCGGCCGGGGAGGAGAGGUCUCUGGCGGCAGCUCAGGAGCUCAGUGUUCUGCUCCUCCCUCGCGCAUGCCGACUGAAGUGAAGCCGGGCGCCGGAAUAUGUCGUCAUAUGCCAGCACCUGGCAUCACUAAACCGUGCUGGAGCAGUGAGGAGCAGGAAAGACCCCAGGGAGAUGCCCCCCAUCGGCUCCAUAACGUAAGGAGCAAUAAUGAAAAGUAUGUGUGUGUGUGAGUGUGUGUCUGUCAGCAAGUAUGUGUGUGUGUCUGUCAGUGAGUGUGUGUGUCAGUGUCUGUAUGUGUGUCUGUGAGUGUGUGUGUCUGUCAGUGAGUAUGUGUGUGUCUGUCAGUGUGUGUGUGUGUCUCUCAGUGUGUCUGUUAGUUUGUCUGUCGGAGUAUGUGUGUGUGUGUCUGUCAGUGAGUAUGUGUGUGUCAGUGUGUCUGUAUGUGUGUGUCUGUCUGUGAGUAUGUGUGUGUGUCUGUCCGUUAGUGAGUGGGUGUGAGUGCGGCCCACAUAAACCUAAACCUUGUUUAUGUGGCCCGUGCCACACUUUGAGUUUGACAUGCUUGACAUAUAACAUGUGCCAAACAGGUGCAUAGUGACAGAAAAAUCCACAUUCCAUCAAGGUAAUAAUGAUUUCCUAACGGGCUUUGGAAGGGUUAGAAGUGUGCUUUGAAUGUGAGAUGGAAACUUUAAUCAGUUCUCCACUGCAGGAUAUGCAACAGCGAAGUCUGAGAUUACGAUUAAGAUCAAAGAGGAAGAGGAGUCCUGCGAUGAUGACGCUGGGGAGAAUGGAAGUCACCAACAGUCCUACUCAGGUAAAUUCCUCAUAGCACAGUUAUAUGUGAUGUUCCUAUAUGAUUACAGUAUUGCCUUGAACUAAGCCCCCUACACCCCCACUUACACUCUUUAACCUGCAGUAAAGCAAUCUACAGAGUGAGGUUCAACAUAACAGAAUGGAAUUUAGAUAACUGGGUGCAUUGCUUGGGGGAGUUCUAGGUCAGUGAAUAAAAGAUCUUUAAUAUGAUAAAUAAAACACACAUUGGUUCAAAACUGCACUCAUAUAUACCUCACUGUACGUUCAGAUUAAACAUAUAAUGCAUUAAAUCAUCAUUUCAGUAAAUUUUAAACUGUUGCAAAAAUAAGAGAAAAUAUCUCUAAAAGUGUUUAUGAUUAGUGAUGUCCUGAACGGUUCGCCGCGGACUCAUCAUUGAGUAAACUUUGACCCUGUACCUCACAGUCAGCAGACACAUUCCAGCCAAUUAGCAGCAGACCCUCCCUCCCAGACCCUUCCACCUUCUGGACAGCUCACUAAGAAUGCAGCUUCAAAAUGGAUGCUGUCCAGGAGAUGGGAAGAGCUGGGAGGGAGGGUCUGCUGCUGAUUGGCUGGAAUGUGUCUGCUGACUGUGAGGUACAGGGUCAAAGUUUACUCAAUGACGAGUCUGCUGCGAACCGUUCGGCGAACCGUUCGGGACCUCACUAUUUAUGAUCUCUUUUUAAUGUUAUGUCACAAUAAUCCCUGGAUAACUGGUCUGCAGACAAAUGGCCAUUGGUAGAGUGGAUUAUGUUGUUUGUCAGUUUUAAUGCCUCCUUCCUCUGAGGCAAUCCUGUCCAUAGAGUGAGAUAUAGAUGGAGCAUCUUAAUAUAGCUGUAUGUUUGGCUGAAGUAUGUUUUCAGACCUCCGAGGCCUCUACUGUUAAACCUGAAGAAGGAACGUCUGAAUUCCAAAGAGCUAUGUGAAAAAAAAUUGGUCAUUCAGACAUAUGUCCUCUAUAUCUAUAACAUAAUUUUAUUGUGAAAACAGAAAAUGUCUGUGUGUAUUGAAGGGUUUGUCGUGUAAAAUCCCCAGCUUGUGUCUGCAGUGAGGGAUUUGGAUGUUUUUAUUGAUUGUUGUAAGGUGACAUUUUAAUAGACUAGAAAUGGAAGUAAUAAGAUAUUUAAACUCAGGUGUAUUGUAAAGAAAACAUUUUACAAAAAUAACAUGUACAAUAUGUUUUAUUUACGCCUAUGCUUAAAAAAACGGCACAUCUGAGAUUUUUUAAUAACCUGAUAGUUAAAUAGAAGCUAUUGGUUGUGCUUUUGAAAAACAAACAAACCCAAAAAACAGGUUAUAUUUUUUAAAAUUUCUGUCAUAUGCCUUGCAUAGCAAAAGCAUUCCAUGCCUUAUGCCUUAUAUGUCACGGUUAUCAGUGGAACCUAAACACGGAGACAGAUCACAGACACACAGGAUUGCAAUACCGGUCCUUACAGUGACCGGGCUAUGCAAAAGAGAGAGAGAGUAGUCAAAUGUACAAGCCGAGAUCAAGGACAACCGAGAGAUGGAAUACGAAAAGACAAGCCGAGGUCAAGGAUCAAAGAAAACAAAGUAAACGUGAGACAAGCCAAAGUUCGGUAACCAGAAAAUCAGACACAGUAUAACGCGCUAUUGGGCUAUCAAAGACAUCAACAGGGCAAAGAGGAAAGGAAAAGGUAAGCUUAUAUAGGUUUAGGACAACUCUGAUUGGCUAACUUCCAAUCAGAGUUAAUUAUUACACGUGGGAGGUACUUGUAGCUCCCAUUUUGACUAAUGACCUCAUCACUACGCGCCGAGUCAGGUGACUGACUCGGGUGCCUAUAAUAGCUCCAGGAGGCCAGCGGGGAAAGCAGAGACAGCCGCGAGCGGCGCGCGGUUACCAAGAGUGAGGGGAAGCCGCUAAUGGUGCGCGGGGAGUACAAACCGCCGCUUACGGUGAGGUAAGAAUUUAAACUACUGCUCACGGUGAGGCAGGAGGCAAGGUCUCCAUGAGCAGUGCACGGCCGACACGAGCCACAGCCUGCGGAGACCUGACAUUAUAUAGCAUGCUCUCUUACUUCUCCCUUAAACAGAUAGUCCGGGAAUACUUUAACAUUUUAAAAGUGACAUAAAAUGGUGUAUUAAACUAUAUUUUUUCCGUGUUCUAGAAGGAUAUGUCAUAGAUACAGAUGAAAAUGCGGAGAAGACAGACCAAAGUGAACAUCCAACUUUAAUGGACAAUUCACAUACAGGUGAGAGGCAGUGUUUUCCUGAAAGUAAUCCAGGUAAAAUCAUCAUAUUGCAAACUUAUUGGCAGUAACAAUAAUAGCAUCUCUCAUGUACUGUUUGCAUUGCUAUUAUUUUACCGGUACUUUUUUUUUUUUUUAGAUGGGUCAGCAAUUACUGGAACAUGUGACGAAUCUUAUUACUUGGCUAUGGCACAAGAUGCUAUUGAUUUGACAAAUAACCACCACAUAGCAGAAAGGCUGCAUUAUUGCUGUAGAUGUGGCAAAGGUUUGCCCAGUCAUGCUGACCUCAUAGAACAUCUAAAAACUCAUAUGGACGAGAGACCUUUUCCUUGUUCUGAUUGUGGAAAACGCUUUUAUAAAAGGUCAAAUCUUGAACAACAUCAGAAGAUUCACACUGGCGACAAACCUUUCGUAUGUUUGCAGUGUAAGAAGUGUUUUAUCAGUAACGCACAUCUCACUAGACAUCAAGUUACACACAGUGAAAAGACUCUGUUUAUCUGCUCCAGCUGUGGUAAGAGUUUUACGAGGAACUCAACGCUCAUUCAGCAUCAGAGAGUUCAUGAAGUAAGGGCACCAUUUCCUUGCUCAGUAUGCUGCAAAGUUUUCACACAAAAGUCAGAUCUCGUGAAACACACAAGAAUACACACUGGUGAGAAACCAUUUGCUUGUGGCAAGUGUGGAAAAUGCUUUAACCUUAGGUCAAGUCUUGUGAAACAUGAGCGGACACACACAGGCGAGAAGCCGUUUACAUGUCCACAGUGUUGGAAACGGUUCAGUCAAAACUCACACCUUGCCAAACAUCAAAAACUUCACAGAGGGGAGAAACCGUUUCCUUGCUUGCAGUGCGGGAUACGAUUUAUGAGUAACUCAGAACUUGCGAGGCACAUGGUGAUUCACACAGGAAGUAAACCUUUUUCCUGCACUGAAUGUGGGAAAUGCUUUAGUUGGAAGUCCUCUCUUGUGGAUCAUCUGAGAAUUCACACAGGAGAAAAACCAUUUGCUUGUUCAGAUUGUAGGGCAUGUUUUAACAAGAGGUCAGCACUUGUAAAACAUCAGAAAACACAUUUUAGCUUUGUAUGCACUUAACCCAAGGACUAUACAUUAAAUUAGUCUUAUAAAUAAUUUAGAAUUGUAUUAUGCUACAGAGCAGAAGUAGCCAGCAUGUGGCUAUACAGCUGAUGUAAAAAUGCAUCUUCCAUUGUGCUUUGUCACCCCAUAGCAUGACGAUGUCAAAGAAUCAUGCACUUGCAGAUAAACAAUACAAUACUGUUUGUUUCCUUAAAGGACACUUUAUACUUGCUGGAGGUGUGGGCGAGAUGUAGGCAUUAUGCUUCAUGUUUGGUGGUCCUGCUGCAGGCUCCAACCAUUCUGGACCGGCACAGCAAACCACUUGCAAAAAAAUAUUACCAACACCAUGGAUAGAUAACACAAAGAUCAUCCUUUACCAUACCUUAAUAUCUGACAAUUUAUUAAUCUCUAGACUUUGGAAAAAGACUAAAUUGGUCAUAUGAACUUUUGACCAUUCAACAGUUUGGUAUCUACAAGACAACCCAAGAAGCAAGUAGCGAAUGGGUAGCAAAAAUGAAAGACAUUCAUAAAUUUUUUUAAAUUCAGGAAAAAAAAAAAAGCAUUCUAAGUCAACCGUCCAGACAAAGGUCUCCGUCUCCACAAAGGUCCCACGUAGACAGAGACACGCCUAUGGGCCACAAAACUACUCAGUUGACGAAACUCUUGCUGUAAAAUUGAUGACUGGUGCCCACAUAACAUAAAGUGAUAUGACAUUGUGUCAUGCUAUGUUGGAAUGUAAACUUGAUAUUAAUGUUCCCCCCAAUGCCUCCCUUCUUGCUUUCUGUAUCCCCUCUUUUUUUUUCUUUGAUGCUUGCAAAACUAAUAAACUUCAAAUUGGAAAAAAGGCACUUUGUAAAAGUGCCAGUUUCCAUGAGAAAUCC